GGCGGCGGCGGCGGCAUCGCGGCUCGGUCUCCGGCCCCUGAAUUCACUCCGCGCGUUCUGCAGCCGCCACUGCAGCCGCGCAACGGGGGCUCCCUCCCAGUAGCCAGCUGGAGGUUCCAGCCCGGUGCCUCAGCGAAGGAAAAGGGCGAGUGGAGACACGUUCAAGGCGGGACCGGAGAGGAUUUCCCCGGCGCCGCUCACUCCCUGGUCGGCUUGCUUGCCAUCAGUCGCUCUCUCAGUCCUUGGUUGGUGUGCGCACUCCCUCCGGCACCAGGGAGUAGUUUUGGGUGGCGUGGGCUUGGUCCUCUUCUUGGCUGGUGGGAACGGAGUGUUCAAGAGAGGAAGCUUGGUGGGCCCGGCCCCUCCCAGCCCAGCGCCGAUGAGUGCCCGGGCUCCAAAGGAGCUGAGGCUGGCGCUGCCGCCGUGUCUCCUCAACCGGACCUUUGCUUCCCCCAACGCUAGCGGCAGCGGCAACACGGGUGCCCGCGGCCCGGGUGCAGGCGGCGGCGGCGGCGGCGGCGGCGGCAGUGGUACCUGCAUCACGCAGGUGGGACAGCAGCUCUUCCAGUCCUUCUCCUCCACGCUGGUGCUGAUUGUCCUGGUCACUCUCAUCUUUUGCCUCAUCGUGCUGUCCCUGUCCACCUUCCACAUCCACAAGCGUAGGAUGAAGAAGCGGAAGAUGCAGAGGGCUCAGGAGGAAUACGAGAGGGAUCAUUGCAGCGGCAACCGCGGUGGAGGUGGGCUGUCCCGGGCAGGUAGUCAGGCCCAAAACCAAGGAAAAGAAAACAGGCUGGAGAGGCAGUCCCGGGACUCUGCCUUCUGCGCCCCCUCCAACUUCUCCUGUUCCUCCUCCUCUUCAUCCCCUGGUCUUCCGUGCCAGGUUCCCUGUGCUCCUCCGCCUCCACCGCCAGCCCCCAGUCCACAAGGAGCACACGCAGCCUCCUCCUGUUUGGACACAGCUGGCGAGGGCCUUUUGCAGACGGUGGUACUGUCCUGAUUGUCUAGCCCCUCUCCUCACCCCUUUCUCGUUUCCACCAUCUUUACCAUCCUUGCUUCCCUCACUUCCUUCCUUUUCCAUUUUCCUCUGCCCUUCUUUCCUCUUCCUUCUUUCCUUAUCUGCCCUCCCUUUUACUAUGUUUCUCCUCCGCCGAGGCACUGUGCGGUAUUGUAAAUAUUGGGCAAGGAAAGUCUCGGAAGAAGAAAUAACGCUGAUAAUUCUUUAUUGAUAUUUAUAGUAAUUAUUAUAUUACUAAUUACACAAUCCAAGCGCAUGACAAAUCACAUAUUUUCUCAUUGUCAAUGAAGGAUGCAUCUUCCCUCUCCACCCCGUGUCCCCCUCAAUAAGGAGGAGAAACCGCACAAACUACCAAAUACAUAAAAGGCAUUGCCACCAGGAGCAAAGGGAAGGGAGGGGGCCCGGUAAUGUUGUAUAUAGCUGUCAAGUUAAAAGUUUAGUUACCUUCUUCCCCUUCACCCCCACCCCAGCGUUCACUUUUCCUUUAGCUUUUCUCUACUCCCCUUUUCUCACCCUCAGCUGGGCUCAGGCAAUAGUAUACUAUUUUAAAAAGUCUACAUUUGGCACCAAGACAGCAAGAGACCACAGAGAAAGUCCCAGAAAAACGUUAAGGACAGGUAACCCUCUCCAGUCAGCCAUCUUCUCACUCUUUGGCUAACCAUUACCUUCUCCAGGACAGAGCAUUUAAUUUACUUUUAGAAAUGUCUCUCGCUGGCCGAGCAUAAGUACAUUGAAAUCUUUACGUGAGUUAAAAACAAAAACAAAAAAUCUGCUUUCGCUCCCUGCCCCACCACACUUGUACAUCCUUUGACUUGUGGCAUUUUCAGGAGUCAGAGGAUCGGGAGCUGUCCAGCCAGGUCUGGUGCUGAAAUCGCCUCACCAUAAUGGUUACUUCCUCUGGUUGAGCCUGCGGAGGAGGGGCUGUUUUAGAAAGUGACUGGACUGGCUUUUGGUUGGCUUCUUUCUUCUUUUUCUACAAUCGGGUUAGCGUGUACUAUUGAUUUUAUUAUUAUUAAACGUUGCAUAAGUUCCCCUUUUUUGUAAAAAGAAAAAGUAUUUGGUGAUGUGCAGUACUGAAAGUGCAGUAUCUAACCAACCAGAAUGUUUGUUUUAUUUUUAGAACAAGUGCACCUUUGUUAUAUAUUUAUUAUAUUGGUACCAAAUACAGAAGAAAACUAUAGUUCUGUACAAUGUCCUCCAAACUGUAUAUUCUUGUUCUUACUUUCCAGCUGUUGAUAUAAUGGUUACCACUGGAUGAGGAAUUCAGUGGGGGCAGGCCUGGCUUCUGCUGUUUCCAGAAGUGUUCUUUUGUACCUUACUCUGUAGUAGACUGUUAUAAAAAGAUGACACAUAUGUUUCCCUUUUUCUUUUGUGAAUAACAGAAACAACCACAGCAACAGAAAACAAACAAGUAAUGGAUGUGCAGGAAUGCCAUCUAUUAAAAUAUGGUUAAUAUAUAAACAAUGCCUGUAGUUCUCCCUGCAUGCAGUUACCACCUGGAGGCAGUGGUGUGUGUGCUUGCUUGUGUACUGUGUGUGUUUGGGGGUGAGACUUGUGGGGAUGUUGGGCAAUUUGGAUGACAGGACAUGCAAAUUUCAAGAGAAGUUAAAUCAAUACAUACUAACAGGAUAAAAAUGUUUACAGCUUGUUUAGUUAAAAAUCUGUGCCUGCAUCUGAACACAGCAAAGGAGGGCCUCUCCUCUUUCUGAAUCUGACUUAACUUCACUCUAUACAGGAAAAAACAUUGAAGAGAAAAGAAAGUGAAAGAAUAUAAAUAUUUUGUUCUCUCUCCUAAUGCCAGACAAGCCCAUCUGUGUUAGAAAUGGAGUCUGGCUAUGGUUAUUUACCACUUUGUUUCCUUUCGGUGAAUGACAGAAGGGGCCAGAAGCAUAUUACAACCUUAAUUAUAUGCAGUGGCAUCCCUUUGUGGGAACUAACUUUUUGAUGGUUAUUCAAAUAUUUAGAAAAUGUACAAAUGAGAAUGAGCUACAAAAAACUUAAUCAAAAUCAUCUUUAAUAUGCUGCUGGGUGAAGGGCAACAGUGCCACUAAGUACAUCCCUCUCCCAAGUAGUUAGUUGUUCUAGAUUUUCUGUCUUAGUUCCAAGCAUAUAUGCUCUUAUCCAGAGAAAAAAUAUUACCUUUGUUGUUUUUGGUCAUCUCUUGAAUUGCCCAUGCUCAAUCUGCAUCUUUUAUAAAAAUAAUUUUAUAAGCUUAAUUUUAACCACCCAUUAUUCACCCAAGUCCUUUCCUGAAGCACAGAAGAUCAUCAUUUAAGCAUGCCAUGUUGUGAUGUUAGGAAGAUCAGGUCUAAUCUUUGAAUACAAUGUAUUAAACAAUGAACCAGGUUCUCUCCAGUGCCUUAGUCAGUUCCUAGUAAUAGGUAAAAGAAUGCAUUAACACUUUCAGGCCACUAGGGAAUCUGCGAGUGCAUCAGAGCUCUACAUUGUACAUCAGAAUGACUAAGGCACUGUGAGGAAGAUAGUCCAUUAACUUUUGUAGCUUACCCUCAUCCAGCUGUAGUUCUUUAAUACCUUAUUACAGAAUGACUUUUGGACUUGAAAUUGGAAUAGAAUCAGGAACCCAGAAGGGAGCUUCCUCAUUUCCAAUGAGCUCUACUAAAGUGUAUGGAUAUUACUUUCUUCCCUUAUUUGGUGCACUUUUUACAGUGAAUAAUUUCCCAUUUUAUUAAAGCAAUAAGAUAUUCUGUUAUGAACAGUUCUAGAUGAUGAUUCCAUUUCCUUGGUGCUGAAGCUACUCAUAUGUUCUGGCCUUAUGAAUCAUAGUGCAUUCAAGGCAUGCAAUAAUAAUCCCCUUCAAAGGAGCAGCCUGUACACCCUAGGGUGGGGGAUAAUGUCCUAUAUAAUUUUUUCCCAAAGGAAUAGGGUGAUCAAGAGAAAUAAAAUAAUCAUAUUUAUUGUUAAAAAUAUCUUUAUACCUCUAAAUAUGGGCAAAUAUCUGUAAUAUGCCUUUCUUAUGCACCUUUAAAUAUGCCUUUCUCCAUUAAUUAAUUGACUAUGGUUUGAUAGUCUUAAUAGUAUCCUGUAUAAAGAUGAUGCAGUCAGUUAGUCAAAUGUUGUACUGAGCUUAAUAUACUCAGAACCCUAAACUUUUGGUGGUGUCACAUGAUAUUUUUAUGGGCAGGAAAGAGAAUUAUAUGAAAUUCCAGUAAGUCAGUCUCCAUACAAAUAAUUGCAAUAAGCACAUAUUCAAGCAAUUUGUAUUGACCCUGUUUAAAAGCAUUGCUUCUUAUAAAGCUUAGUUGACAGUCCCAGGAGUUUGGGAGGCUACCAAUAGGGCAUUUUGGUAUUCACUUAUGUGGAACCAAAGGUAAUUUGGAAAUAGUUAAAUUUAUUUUAAGGAUUUUAUUUACUGAUGUCCCGUCAUACUAAUUGCUUCAACCCCUAUAGCUACAGCUCAACUUCUGCACUUGCUAUUCAUUAUUAAUAAGGUGGCAUGCUUGAUUCUUAUUUUUUUUUAAUGAGAAAAUUGGAGAAAGAAUGCCAUUAUGUCAACUGUAUGGGACUCUGAAUCUUAAAGACAUAGAUGAAUAUAAUCUUUAGAAUUUAUAUACGCCCAUAGAUAUGUAUUUAUAUAUGCUUACAUUUUGUACAAAUUUACAAUGGACUUUUGUAUUCUCUUUUCUGUCAUUACAAGAAUGAGAUGGAAACCAAAUAGUUGUUCCAUCCUCUUUACCAGAGAGGAUACUGAGAAGUCAGGUAUAUGCAUGCACUUAUUCUCUGGAGUCAAAUCUGAAAGACUUUCUCUUUAUUUAAUGAAGGAGAAGAGUCCUGAUUGGCUCAAGAAAUUGGUAAUUAGAUAAGCUUCCUUUCCUAUGUUAGUGACUCAAAUGUAGCAAUGAUAAUGAAGUUAUGACCAUAUCAAUCUGGUCUAAAUCUCUAGGUGGAAUGCAAAAAUUAUCCAGAAGAGGCUUAGGGCCUUAUAGACCACAAGCCUGGAUUGUGAUUUGACUUUUCCUUUUCAACCUAAAUGUUGUGUGAGAUAUAACUUACAUAUGCAUAACUAAAGGUAAAGUGAAAAUAUGACAAUUAUUUGUUUAGUUUGACAAGUAGUUUUUGGAAGAUAUGGACCAAUUAGCUUUAAAAAAACUUGUUUGGCAUCUGACUUUUCCACCAUUUCUAUCUGUAUCAAUUGAAUUAAUUAGAUAAUGGCUAAAAUUAAUUUUCCAAUGUGCAGACAUAUGCUUUAAAUGCUUUUCUGUGGGUGAUAGCUAAGCAAUAGCUAGCUGAUAUUAAGUGGAAGUUAUGAGCUAAAUUAGAGCCAGAAACUUUAAUCCAACCUGGUUAGCCUCCUUGAAUCCAUUCCCAUGUGAAUCUGGACUUUGAAUUUGAAUCUGAAAAGCCACUUAUUCUUUUUUAGAACUAGUCAUUGUGGCUCACAGAUGUUUCAGUUUGUAUAAGAAUGAAUUGCUCUAAAUGAGGGUAUUUAAUCAUUGGACUGAACAUAAAUCUGAUUCUAAUUUGGUUUUUAAAUUUAUUUGGUAACAUCUGAGAAGCAGCUUAUAUGCUUGAUAUCAGCACAUAUUAAUGUCAUCAGCCUAAUAAUUCAAUUGGUGCCAUGUAGGAAUGCUUAACUAAGAAUAAGAGUUUAAUUAGCUUUAAGUGGGGACAAUGAUUUAUCAAAGUAGUUUUACUUCUCUGAGGCAGGGAUGUUACCCUGAGACUUGUGAUUGCAUCGGGUUAUUACGAUAGAGAGAUUAACAAUAACAAAAGUGACUGCAACCACAGCAACAGUAGAAAAACUGAUUUUUGAACUUGAACAUAUCCAAUAGGUAGAAUUAAAAAAUAUUAGAAUUCAUGAAAAAUUUGUUUUGCUUUUCUAUCAAUAAAAAAGUUUU